GAGAUCGCCUAAUUCCUCGCAAUGAUCAAGUCCGUCCUGACCUUUGUCUGCUUCGCCGCCUUCCUCGCGCUUGCCUCGGCAUCCGAGCUGUGCGACAAGCCCGUUGUGACUGAUGUGUCCUACACGACCACCCAGCUCGCCACCUCCACCAAGGCCGUUUUCAUCUCCCAGUUCCAAAUCAAGUGCAACGAUGAGUUUGUUGAUCGUGCCAACCUGCAUGCCGUCGUCGAUGGUGAGGUUCUCCCCGUUGCUGUGACUGGCGACAACCAAGAAGACUCGACUUACCAGGUCAGCUGGGUCCGCGAGCACGACCAGGUGUCCGCCAAGACCUACACUGUCCAGCUCUACGACUCGGAAAGCUUCAGCGCCUACUCCCGUGCUGUCCGCGCCAACGAGGCCGUCCCCGCUGCUGAUUUCUCCGUCAAGGUCCACCACUCGGGUGCCUCCAAGGAUGGUCUGUUUGUCCCUCUUGAGGCUGUCGCCGUUGUUGCCGCCAUCGCUCUCGCGAUCUUUGCCCAAUCCAAGAAGAGCAACCUUUAAGAUUCCUGUGCUUUCUGUCCGAAAUCCAACAGUCCCUUCCCCUUCCCCCCGGCGAUUUCCUCCCCAUUGCGCAAAUGAAACGACUCUGUCGAAUGGUUUAUUAUUUUACAUGGCCUCGAUGCGUCUUUUCGCAACCGCGUUUGUUGAAGUUGUAAACAAAACACAGCAUAAUAUUUUUUUCCGCCA